UCUAGAUGCAGCGAUCGUUCCAUCUUUUCUUCUUUCUCCUGAUGAAAACUGCCAGUGAAACGGGGUUCACCCGGUGUCGCGAAAGAAGGAAGCCCCAUUUUUAUCAUCAUAGUAAGCUUUCCUGGCGUUUGAAGGCAGUUAGUUAAGAGAGAGUGAUACGGUCGUGAGUUGUCAAAGCCCAAACUUUGCGAGAUGAUGAGCGCAGUGAUUCGUUACUCUGAGACGAUGACGGAAGGAGAGAGAGCAAGCCAGUUUUAGAACGUUGAGAUCUUUCACCCUCGUUUCCGGAUACCCAGAAGCAAGGCGUUCACGAUUUGUAUCAGCUCUUAGCCAACCGCAUGAGUUAUGAGGAUUGUCAAAAAUGAUUAUAGCGGAUGACCCUGAAUGAACGUAGGUUAUGAAGACAUGCUCCACCGGUCAUAUCCAUUAUGAAGAUGAAGGUGGAAGCGAGCAAGAGGAUGAUGCAGAUGAACAUGAAGGCGGGGGUGAGCAAUCACAAUCGCCCCCUCAAUUCUCAACACGUCAAGGUGUCCCAUUUGAUCGAUCAACCACCCCCUCAAUUCUCAACGCAUCAUGGUGUCUCAUUUGAUCAACCAUCGCCGUAUUAUGAUUCUUAUCAGUACCCCACACAGGCGGGUGAUUAUGUUGAGUCAUUUUUGAAUUAUUCAUUUUAUUAUGGAGACACAACGGUGGCUUGGAACACGGUGGCUUGUAAUUUAUUCAUUAAUAAAUUACAUUGAAAACUACAUUUGUUUUGUUCACUCCGAUUAAAAUUACAAAAAUUGC